CAACUACGCCCAGCUUCCGUCUCUGCUCAACUCCGACUUGGGUCGCAUUUCAAUCUCUUACCCUUGUUGGUGUGGAUGUGGUGGAAAUUCCUGUGAUUUCAUCCUUCUUAGAGUGCGGAGUGUGCUACCUCGCGGCGCGGCUCCGGCCAACUCCCCUGCAAAAUGCAGUCCUCUCCGAAUAUGUUGACCAAGUUCGAAUCAAAAUCCUCUCGAGUUAAGGGCAUUGCGUUCCACCCCAAACGGCCAUGGAUUCUCGUGUCGCUUCAUUCAUCUACGAUUCAGCUGUGGGACUAUCGCAUGGGAACGCUCAUUGACCGUUUCGAAGAACAUGAUGGUCCUGUUCGGGGUAUUGAUUUCCAUAGGACCCAGCCCCUGUUUGUGUCCGGAGGUGACGACUAUAAGAUCAAGGUGUGGAGUUAUCAGACCAGAAGAUGUCUCUUCACUCUGAACGGUCAUUUGGAUUAUGUGCGAACGGUGUUCUUCCACCAUGAGCUUCCCUGGAUUUUGUCAUGCUCGGAUGACCAAACCAUCAGGAUAUGGAAUUGGCAGAACAGAUCGUUGAUCUGCACAAUGACAGGCCACAAUCACUAUGUAAUGUGCGCGCAAUUUCACCCGACAGAGGACUUGAUCGCGUCCGCCUCUCUAGACCAGUCUGUUCGCAUUUGGGACAUCUCGGGAUUGCGGAAGAAGCAUUCGGCUCCUACAACGAUGAGCUUCGAGGAUCAGAUGGCGCGCGUCAAUGCGAACCAGGCAGAUAUGUUUGGAAAUACCGAUGCGAUCGUCAAGUUCGUCUUGGAAGGCCACGACCGCGGUGUCAACUGGGUUUCUUUCCACCCUACGCUACCGUUGCUUGUAUCUGCUGGUGAUGACCGUCUAAUCAAACUCUGGAGAAUGAGCGACACCAAAGCUUGGGAAGUUGAUACAUGCCGCGGCCAUUUCCAGAAUGCAUCUGCCUGCCUGUUCCACCCCCACCAGGACCUGAUUCUUUCAGUAGGCGAAGACAAGACAAUUCGGAUAUGGGAUCUGAACAAACGGACGUCGGUCCAGUCGUUCAAACGAGAUUCGGAUCGAUUCUGGGUCAUUGCUGCUCACCCCGAAAUCAACCUGUUCGCUGCUGGUCACGAUACUGGUGUUAUGGUGUUCAAAUUAGAGCGAGAGAGACCCGCGUCCGCUGUAUACCAGAACCAAGUAUUUUACGUCACAAAGGACAAGAACGUUAGGUCGUACGACUUUGAGAAAAAUGUCGAAUCUCCGCCUUUGCUUUCCUUGCCCAAGCUUGGUUCUCCAUGGGUUCCACCAAGGACUCUCUCAUACAAUCCCGUUGAGCGGGCAAUCUUGGUCACUUCACCCACCGAUGGUGGGACCUACGAAAUGAUUCAUCUGCCCCGAGAUCCAACGGGAGUUGUUGAACCGACCGACGUGAAACGUGGCCAGGCAUCAUCUGCCAUUUUUGUGGCUCGCAAGCGAUUCGCCGUCUUCAAUCAGUCCACUCAACAGGUGGAUAUCAAGGAUCUGAGAAACCAUACAACAAACACACUCAAGGCACCGGCGGGAACAACUGACAUCUACUUCGGAGGACCAGCUUGCUUGCUCUUUAUCACACCUACAUCGGUCGUUCUCUAUAACAUUCAGGAGGGCAAGCAAUUGGCCGAGAUCGCUGUUAGCGGGGUGAAAUAUGUUGUCUGGUCGAAUGACGGGCUCUAUGCUGCCUUGCUCAGCAAACACAACAUCACAAUUGUUACCAAGACACUCGAGCAAGUUAGCACUCUACAUGAAACUAUCCGUAUCAAGAGCGCUACAUGGGAUGACGCUGGCGUGCUUCUCUAUUCCACCUUGAAUCACGUCAAGUAUUCUCUUCUCAAUGGUGAUAAUGGAAUCAUUCGCACUCUAGAGCAGACGGUCUAUCUCGUUAGUGUCAGGGGACGGAAUGUGUACUGUCUUGAUCGCAACGCCAAGCCGAGAAUCCUGGAAUUUGACCCUACCGAAUAUCGAUUUAAGCUUGCUCUUGUCAAGAGAAACUAUGAUGAAAUGCUGGAGAUCAUCAAAACCUCCAGUUUGGUGGGACAAAGUAUCAUUGCCUAUCUACAGAAGAAGGGCUACCCGGAGAUCUCGUUGCAGUUUGUACAAGAUCCUCAGACGCGUUUCGAGCUUGCUCUGGAAUGCGGUAACCUCGAAGUCGCCAUUGAGAUGGCAAGACAACUCGACCGUCCUCAAUUAUGGAGUCGACUUGGAGCUGAAGCCCUGGCCCAUGGUAACCACCAGACAGUCGAAAUGACGUAUCAAAGACAGCGGGAUUUCGACAAGCUCUCUUUCUUAUAUUUGGCUACGGGUGACCAAGAGAAGCUGUCCCGGAUGGCAAAGAUUGCUGAACACCGUGGCGAUUUCACUUCUCGCUUCCAGAACUCCAUCUAUCGCGGUGAUGUCCAGGACAGGGUUGAGAUGUUCAAGGAAGUCGAUAUGUAUCCUCUCGCCUAUCUAACUGCAAAGUCGCAGGGUCUGCACGAAGAGGCUCAAUCUAUUCUGGAGGCAUGUGGCCUUACAGAAGACCAGAUUAGCCUUCCCUCAGGUCAGGAUCUUAUCAAAGUCCCGUCCCCUGUCGUUCCAACUUUUAAGGCCAACUGGCCUGUCAAGGAGGCGGCUCUCUCCUCCUUCGAAAAGGCUCUCCUUGCCGAGGAGGCCGCAGAGGAAGCCGAAGAUGUUGAAGAGGAAGAAGAAGAAGCGGAAGAAGAAGAAGAGGCUGGCGAGAACGGUCAUGCAGAGGAAGAAGUAGACGAAGUGGAGUCUGCUGAGGAAACUCCUUCGGAGGACGAAUACCUGUUCUGAUGGGAUGACUCGGUGCGGGCAUCUCGUGCAAUCUGACUCGACUAGUUUACCCAGCCUCGAGGAUACACCACCGUUUUAACAGACUUCCUUGGUGUGGUAUUAGAUUUGAAGCUGAUGCGUUUGAAGUAUCAUGAGUUAUGCAAGACGUCUGGGUUUAUUUGAAUGCAGGCAGAAGGUCUGGCCUAUUGUUUCCUAGACAGAAAAUGGCAGGAUUACCUGUCCCUCUUCUCUUUUGACCUCUUGAAUCUCUACAUGUAAUUUAUUUUAUAUUUAUUUUUCUUUUCGCUUUUGCUCGUGGGGAGAGGUUGUAUGGAGUGCAUUGCGCUGCUCGAUGUAUACGAUAGCAUUUCUUUCCGUGACAUCAUGAAUAAUUAUUAAGACCCGCAAACAUCGAUUACAAUGGACCACAGUAAGCAAUUGCUUUUUGCCUUCAACCCUUGUAUGCCAAGUAAUGUACAUGUAUGUAUACAGUUGUAUGUUAAGUAGAGCAGAGAUGGAAAAUGCUCUAGUGCACGCUGUGUCUAGACUCACCAUUGCAACCAACCCAACACCUUACUAGAUCCCAAUGACAAGAAAAAAAGAACAAGACAUCAACUACGAAGCCAAAACUAAUCGCACCUCCCAUCCUUCCAGCCCGUCCUCCACCUCUCCUCCCAAAACUUACAGUCAAAUUCCUUCUUCCCCAGCUUCCGAUUCACGGCAUUAUGCGCCUCACACAUCCACGUCCCGAAGUCCUGCCUCGACGACAAUCGCGGUUGAUUCUGCCCAGAAGGCUCAUUCAUCCAGAUGCGGAAAUCGUCCGCGCAGACCCAGCAAGGGUACAGCCGGGAGAAAAGGGUGAGGAAUGAGCGCAUCUCAUUUUGCUUUUCCUGUGUUGGGUGUUUGGGGUAUGCGGCCGUUAGGGAGUGGAGAAGGGUCCAGGUUGAGCGGCCCAGGGCUUCGACGUCGGGGGGACAUUCGUUUGUGUUGUGCAGGGGUUGUGAUGUGCUUGUUGCUGAAGUCGUGGCUGUGUUGGCGACGGGCGAAGGUGAUUCUUUGGCUCGUUUUGUGAGUGCUUUCCAGGAUGCUACUGAGGUGCAGAGACGGCAUCUGUAUUUAGGCUUCCCUUCUUCAUCCAGCACAACGCCUUUUGGGAUUGUUGAUGCGUGUGAGUCUUGGUCUUUCUUUUUUUUCCCACUACCAUGGAGGGUUGUAUCGAUCUGUUCCGGUUUAAUUUCUGCCAUCUUGUCUCUUCCUGGCUGUUUCUCUGGUUUCCCGUGUUGGAAAGUGAGGUAAGAUCGGGUGGGAAGCUUGGAGAUCGGGGAAUUUCACAACAAAGAGCCCUGCUACACCCCACCAAGUGAUAAAGGAGGGGAUUGAUAGCAAUUACCCAAAUGGCAAAAGGGAAAAUAAC